AUGCAAGCCGAUUUGAAAGAUGAUCAGAGGAUGGAAGAUCUGAUGCAGAGAGGAAGAAGUGAUGGUUCUCCAAGUGGAGAUGGUGAGAAAAACCAAGAUGAGCAGAUGGAGGAUGCUGAGGCAGAGCAAGAGGAGGAUGAGCUCCCCAUGUACCAAGAGCACUACAAUGCUCUCUUCUCCAUGGACUUUGUGAGACCAAGUACCCACAUGAUGACACAAUGA